CCACCGCUUCUUCCUGGUGCUUUGGUGAUUCUUAUCAAAUUUUCCGACUCUUCUAACACAGUCAUCCUGACUCCUUAUUGCCAGCAUAUUUUUGCAACUGCUUCUUCACCAAGGUAGCUCGGCAUCCGGCGUGAAUUUCGGAGUCUCACCUUUUUUUUUUCCCUCCCCUCUCCACCCUUCCCUGCGUGGUCGCGUUUCUGUCCGUUGAUUAUUCGGCGCAUUCAAUAUGGCGACAGUUGCAGCAGGCUCUCCCCUAGCGGAGGCCUUGAGCAAUGCUAUUCAACCAAAACUUGUCGAGAUGGGGUGGAGCUCUGAUACUGGUGAUUCUGCGUUGACCGACUAUGUUAUUUUGAUGCUGGCCAACGGCAAGACGCAGGACCAGAUCGCGAGUGACUUGUCGAACGACCUGCUUGGACUCGGCGAAGGCGACACACAAGCUCUCGAUUUCUCUAGUUGGCUCUUCGAACAGAUCCAACUUCUCAACCAGCAGAUUAAUGGCCAGAGCGGCGCACCGACAUCGAAUGAGAAUGGAAUGAUGCAGGCUAUUCCCUCCUUUACCGACCACGAGACGGCAAUUCCUCCACAGGCGGACUUCGGAGGUGCUCCCCAGACUGGUGAUAUGAAAAUGGAUGAUGCAGGAUUCGCGGCGGAUGGAGUACCGACUGGACCGAAAUCUAUGCGCAGCGUUCGAGGCGGCCGGGGUAGAAUGCUCAACCACAUAAACAGGGCCAUGGAACGUGGGGAUAACAACCUGCAUCGGAUCCGUGAUCAAACGGGUGGUGGACGAAUCAACUCUCAUGGUCGAGGUCCCAGAGGGCGUUUCCAGAACAGCGGCGGAAGACCGCAGGGCGGUCGGCAAAUGGGUGGCAUGGGCAUGGGCAACAACCCAAUGGGUGCAGGGGCAGGUAACUUGAUGAAUAUGACUCAAAACGAUCAGAUGCAUUUGAUGUCCCUCCUUGAAGAACAAGCAAGGAUGAUGGCACAGUUUAUGCCUGGCUUUGUUUCCCCCGCUAUCAACCCGGCCUUCCAACAAAACGGCGGCCCCCAAAGGUCGUUGUUCGACCGCGUCGAACGCCACAAGGGUGCGCGAAGUCAAGGAAGUUUUGGUAAUCGAUCACAACAACCAGAGGCGAAGAAUGUCGAUACCGAUAUGGAUACUGGUCCCGACCAGAUGGCCCAGGAUGGCCAGGACGAGAACAAUACCAACAACAUUUGCCACUUUAACCUGCGAUGCACGAAGAAAGAUUGCCCAUUUGCGCACCAGUCUCCCGCCGCCCCCGAAGGGACUCCGAUCGAUGUUGCCGAUCCAUGCUCCUACGGUGCGGCAUGCAAGAACCGAAAAUGCACCGGUCGACAUCCUUCACCAGCCGUCAAAACAGCCCACCAGGCAGAAGAGCUCUGCCGAUUUUUCCCUCACUGCACGAACCCUCAUUGUCACUUUAAACACCCCGCUAUGCCGCUAUGCCGAAAUGGAGGCGAUUGCUCGACCGACGGCUGCAAGUUUACCCACCUCCAGACUGCUUGCAAAUUCAACCCAUGCCUCAACCCUAGCUGUCCCUACAAACACGCUGAAGGGCAAAAGGGUGCCUUUUCAGAUAAAGUCUGGACUGCCGACUCCCAAGGAGAAAAAUCUCAUGUUAGCGACAGAAAGUUUGUCACAGAUGAAGACGGCGCAGAGGAACUGAUCAAACCUGGGGAGGAACCCGCAGAUAACCACGAGAUUAUCACAUAAUCCACCGUACUCCUCUGCACGACUGACCUCUCCGGGCCUCUUCCUUCUAGCUUGAUUACAUGUAUUAUUUGAUCUAUGUGGUGUGAUUGAUUGUCAACUGGGGAAUGGGCGUUUAUUUGCUUCAUUAAUAUUGUUGAUAUCACUGGGAAUGGGCAGAUGGGAGGAUCAUUUAGGUGUAAAUAGAAUCUGGAUAUCAAGUCACAAAAAAAAUUCAUUUG